AUGUACGAAACGCAUCAUCAUCCACAGUCGAAUGAAAACGAAGAUAAUGGGCUGAUAAAAGAGAGAAUACUUGAAGAUGAUAUAUCUCCUAGAAAUUCAAGAGCAGCAAUUCAUUGGAGACCUGAUCUAGAAGGUGAUAUAAAAGUCAAACAGCCAAUCAAUACAGAUACCGAACAUUUUGAUGCAUUAUUUGCACGUUCAAAUGCUUCACCUUUACCCGCAUCCCAUCCUCGCUGUUACAGUUCAUGCUCACCUUCCACUGUUCCAUUUCAAAUGUUUACCGAUAGUUUACCACAUGACUAUGCAAAAUCUCAGCCACACCUAACGUUAUCUUCUCAUUCAGUUAAACCGUAUGAUGAUCGUCGGAAUUCGACGAUAUCAUCAACAAAAAGUCAACAUUCAAAUUCAACAACAUCAUCUAAUUCAGCACAAACGAAGCGAAAGACUUUUUUUCUAACUCAUGCUGCACAAACACUUCUUCAAACAUCAAAUUCUCAAGCCGAACAGUUAGAACCAUUAGCACGAUCAUGCUCUUAUAAACGUCCUCAAUCGAUAAAAAAGUAUCGACAGCAAAAGAAAGGAAAAGAGAAAGGAAAAGAAAAAGAAAAAGAACAGAAAGAACAAUUUUCUUGUCGCAAACAUAGCACAUAUAACAAUAACAAUCUUCACACAGUCGCUUUCUAUUCUGCUCGCAAAUCGAUAACUGGUGUUCCUGCAAGAAUCUCUGCAACUGAUCUUAUGGCAACUGAUGAUCCAAAUGAACAAUGGUCAAGUCCCAAGGCACGUCGAUCUGCACGAAUCGGUUCUUUGCCACUUGAUCAAUUGCAAAUACCUCACGAUGGCGACGAAGAAAUCUAUCUUGUAAGACAAUUUAAUACAACAUCAAAAGGAUUUGUUAAUCGCGGUGAUUCAUUUAAACGGUCAUUUAAACGAAGUGGUUCGAUAAGUCGUCGAGGUUCGUUUCGUAAAACUGAUCGAACACCAUCGCAAGAACAAAUUAAUGAUUCUCUUGUUUUAAACAAUGAAAUACGUUCAAGUACAAAUUCUCUUACGAAUACUAAAACGACACCCUGCGGUCCUAAUCUCAAUGGUAUACUCGAUAAUCAAUUUAAUGAUUCAGCUAUUGAAAAUAUUUCAUCAUCACCAAUUACUAAUAAUGAUGACCAUGAUGAUGAUGAUGACGACGAUAAUGAAAUUGUUGAGCGGAUUGAAACAGAAGAUGGUCACGUACAAGACAUACGUGUUUAUCAAGUCUAUUUACUCGGCAUGAGUGGCACAGGAAAAUGUUCACUUUUAAGACAAUUUAAAACAACAGAAUAUAGAGGAAUCUAUGAUUAUUCGAGUUCAAUUGAAGACGAUCCUGAUAAUACAGUAUCAAUCAUGCUCGAUGGCGUUGAAUCGCGUCUACAUAUAAUAAAUAUCGAUGUUGAUCACAUAAAAUCUAGCGUUACUGGUGAUGCUUACUUAGUUGUCUAUUCAAUAACUGAUCGUCAAUCAUUUCAAACAGCAGUUCAAUUAAUAAAAAAUGUUCGCGAAAAAGAAUCAACCCACAAUGAAACAUCGCUAAAACGCUAUAUACCAAUUAUUCUAGUUGGCAAUAAAUCAGAUCUUGUACGAAAACGUGCAGUUACAAAAGAGACGGCUCGCCAUGCAGCAUUUCGAUAUGAAUGUAAAUUUGUUGAAACAUCCGUAGCAAUUAAUGAUAAAGUCGAUGAUUUACUUGCUGGUACGUUGAAACAAAUUCGUAUCAGUGAACAACAUCGUCAGGAAGAACGACGUCGACUAACCAUCACCAAUGAUACAGGCGAUAUUGCUGAUGGCGGAACUGACAAAGUAAUUGGUUCGUCAGUACGGAAAAGUCUAUCGGUAUAUAAUGCUAAUUCGAAAAGUAUAUUUUCCAAAUUUUUGAAUGUCCUCCGAAGAAAACCGUCAAGAUUACCCGCUGAUGUCGAAAAUUUAUACACAGGUAUUCGUUAA